GCAAAUUACAGUAAGUUUCCCCUGUCAUAUUAUUGCCGAAACAAAACUGCCUCAAUUUUUAUAAAAUGUAAAGUCAAUGAUGUCAUCAGACAUGCCGGAGCCCUCGACCAAUCAAAGCACAGCAAAGGUGCUGUUUAAUUUCACACCAGGUGUCCCCGCUGAGCUGGAGUUACUCGCCGGAGAUUUUGUGGAAGUUGAAAAAAUUGUCGACGAUUUCUGGUAUUUUGGGACGAAUUUAAAAGAUGGGACACAGGGCCAAUUCCCCAAAGACUUUGUUACAUUCAUCCAACUCCCAACCACCAAACCAUCGGAAAAACUUUUAUUUGCGCUGGAUUCUUUCUUUCCAGAAACAUCUGAAGAUCUUCCAUUUGAAAAAGGUGACAUCAUCGUUAUGGAAUCAAAAAUUGAUGAGUCAUGGGUAAUGGGGCGAUGUAACAAUCAACGCGGAAUGUUCCCGCUCAAUUACACAAUGGAGUUUCGAAAAUCAACGAAAUUAAAAUCAAGAAAUGAAGUUUUGAGCCAAGUACAAGCCACCAUGUCUUUGACUGCCCAGCUCGAUAAUGAGUUAAGUUUCAAAGCUGGGGAAAUUAUCGAUGUUUGUAAAUACGUUGAUGAUGCUUGGGCUGAAGGGAGAAUAGGGGAUCGAACAGGUGUCUUCCCUUUGUCAUUUACCACGAAAAUCUCCAUAAAUAGCGAGCGAAAAAAUAGCGAAAUAUCUUCCAAGAAAAAAAAUUCUGUUAAAAAUGAUCGAAAAGUUGAUGAGAUAUCGUCGACGCUGCAACGGACCGGAGACAAAAGUUGGAAAGUUGAACCUGCUGUAGGUGGAGUGGUUGAAGUCGCUUCAAGUGGGGUUCAACAACAGCGUUGUCUCCAGCAGGACAAUGAUAAGUUGUUUAGUGGUGGGGUGGUUGGCUCGUCAGUUGAACAGCGAAGUGAAAUCAAUGGUGGGAAAGCAAAAGAUCCCAUUGUUACAGAGGGGGAUUCCGUGGUAGCAAAGUUUUCGUAUCAGCGUAGAAACUCGAACGAGUUAUCUUUUAAAGAAGGAGAUAAUAUAGAAGUGAUUGAACGAACUUCGGAUAUGUGGUUGUACGGGAAGAUUAACAACAACUUUGGUUAUAUACCGCGAUCGUAUGUAGCUGAUAGACUCGUCAGUUUAGCCAAGAAAUUAGAAAGUGAUGCCGCGAUCAUGGAUGCUGGGGUUGAAGAAAAAGAGAAAGCAAAGCAAUGUAUCAGCAAAGCUAUAACGGGGAGGCAUGAGGUUGACAUCAGGUUAGUUGUGUGCGACUUCGUGGCUACAACUGACUUUGAGGUCUCUGUAAAUAUCGGCGAAACUGUCCAUGUGUUGAAAGUGAAUGGGGAGUGGUGCGAUGUUAAAGACCAUUUCGGAAAGACGGGUUUUGUUCCAACAGAGUGCUUGCAACAAGUUGUAGCAAAGAACAUUAAAGAGAAAUAUUCCCCUGUAACUUACACUGUGGCUAACAUUGCGCCGAGUUCCAACAGAAACCAAGUUUCUACGAACCCUGAACCGCCUGCAUUCGAUUCAGGGACGUAUAGAGUGAAGAAGCGAAGAGAUUCCCAACCACAGAUGCAAAAUAACCAACCAGAGCAAAACAAGUCCUCACUUAGUGGGGCAGUCCAGCCUAUGAAAGGAAUCAGUCGUUCAAAUCCAGUUGGUUCAAAACCCCGACAAAAAUACAAACAUUCGAACUCGUUGACUGCAUUAAACCCUUCGCCAGGAAAUGAAGGUAAAACCGUGUCGAGAAAAAGUGAGUAUUCGAAGCCUAAUCGAAGUGCUAGCCACAUCCAAAGAAGCUACAGCCUCCGAGAGCAUAAGAUCCCACAUUCAUCAAGUGCUGGUGAACUUAGCACAUCAUCCAGCCCAAUAUUCCAUCGAAACACCCCUCGAUAUAUAUCAUCCUCAUCACGCAGCGACACAAACUCGACAUGUAGCUCCGACUCCACCAAAUCAGCCCCAACCCCCACCCAACCCACUGUCCCCCCACAUCGGGGAAAACCGUCAAAAAAACUUCACCAAGAAAUCAUUUUAUCUUUUGACCCGCUAGCGAGUGAUGAAAAACCCCCAGAUUUACCUGUUCGAACGACAUCAAACAAGCGUGCUACCCGCGCUGCCCCGCCGCCCCCCACUAAGUCACCAGCUGCUAAUGUUUCAACCGAUGUCUCACCCAAGAGAAAUAUGUCACCACCUAAAAGGCCUCCACAACCGAGGGUGAAGUCAAAGAAAAACAACCAACCACAAAUAUCCCCUCAACAAAAGCAAAGAAUUGAAAAGAUACGCAGUGAGAUAGAGGAAUAUUGCCGCAUGCGAAAGGAUCUCGAGAAUCUUUACAACGGAACACUCGAUGGAAAGGAACGAAUGGAGAUCUCGGAAAACAAACAAUUUGUCAACUCUAAGCUGACGAGGCUGCAGAAAGAACUGCAUGAAAUCGUGUCUGGAGAUCAUUUAUAUGAAAGUGUUGAUCAAUACUUGAAGCCGGAAGUUGAACCUGAAGCUGAAUAUGAAAGUAUUGCACGAGCCCCCACCCCGCCCCCAAUAGAACAAGUAGAAGACUUGAAACGCAAGCGAUCGACCAAACGCAAGCACGUGGUGUGCGAGAUUAUUAAGACCGAGGAAGAUUUCUUACAAGACAUAACGAUCGCUAUCAUUGAUAUUAUGGAACCAUUGAUUGAUCGAGAGCUCCCUCCAGAUAUAAGGAUUGACAUUCUCUUUGGAAACAUUACGGACGUCAAAGCUUUUUCUGAAGAGUUUCUUGCAGCUUUGAAAGCAAUUCCUAAUCCACCAACAGGAGAGCAAAACAUUGGCAAAGUAUUUUCCCGUUUCUCGCCCCAAAUGAAGGAGGUAUACAAAGUAUAUUGCCGCAACCAUGAUGAUGCAACCUCACUCUUAGAGAAAUAUGAGGAGGACCAGGAGUUUCAGGUUCCAUUGCAGGAGUGCCUUAAGAAUGCUAAGGAGAAAGUGAACACGUUUGACCUCGGUUCCUUCCUCAUCAAACCUGUGCAAAGGAUGUUGAAAUACCCGCUGUUGUUGCAAGAGUUGUUGAAACUUACCGACCAUGGUGAUAGUGAGGGUGAUGCGUCGUAUAGAGAUCUUAUAAACGCAGUGAAGCUGAUGCAGAAAGCUGCCAACGAGAUUAAUGAAGAUAAAAGGAAGAAGGAUUUAGUUCGUAAAUACCGCCGCGGUAGCCAAGAAACCAAGUUGACGGGCAAAAUAUCUCGUCUUACGAUUCACUCGGUGAAGAAGAAGACGGCACGAAUGUCUCGGAGGAUCGGUCAUGUGACUGGAAUCGGUCAACCGGAAACUGUAGAUGAAAGGUUUAACGCGGUCGAGAAAAGAUUUAAAGAGUUGGAGAAAUGCGUGAAGGAAUUCUUGUUAAACAUUGAGAAUAUUUGCACCAAGUUCCGUGACGAACUUGCUGGUGAAUUACUGCUUGCUGAAGAUAUCUAUGAUUAUUAUUCAUCCGACCACACGAGGGGAGUAAAGUGCUACACGACGACGUCGAGGAAAAUAUCAGAACAACUUUACCGACAGUUUCACGACCAGAUUCAACUAAACACCGCCUCCCCCCUCUCCUCCUUCCUCGUCCGAUGCAAAGGACCGCAAGCCCUCAUCGAGAAGAGGUUUGAUAAAUUACUCGAUUACGAACUCUGUCAACGAAACUCAGACUCCAAGGAAAAGAUACAGAUGGCGAUGAACGUGUACGAAGCACUAAACCAACAAUUACUUGAUGAAUUACCAAUAUUAUGUAAACUUGGUGCUCGCUUGUUACAAACAUGCAUAUCUACAUUCAUUACAUUACAAGUGAAACUACAACGCAAGAUAUUAAAGGAGUUACACUCAGUUCAUUAUAUGUUGGAAAAUGAUUGUGAAACACUGGAAGGUAAACCUGAUCUGGCAUCACUGGACAGCACAAGUUUGAUGGAAGAGUUCAAUCACGAGCAUAACCAGGUGGUGUUUGAUGUAUCUCGCUUCCUCAUCGUGCCGGGAUCAUUCGGAGCCCUCAUCUCAACCAAGUCAAACGAGGAACAUCGUAGAAGAUCUUCAGUGAGAAGCACGACGUCUAUUCCUUCUAUACCGAUUCAAACCCAGCAACAGCGUGACCACGUUACCACCAAACACCCCCCACCCUCCAUACACGUGUGUACGUCACCCCACCACCCCACACAGAAGGUGGAGUUAGCCGUCAACACGGGUGAUAUAGUUGGGGUCAUGAAGACCCAGGACCCCAUGGGGAAUACCCAACGCUGGUUCGUUGAUAACGGAGCCAGCCAAGGGUUCCUUCCAUGUUCCAUUUUACACCCAUACACCCCCAACCAUCUUACCCCUAAUUCACCCACAACGCCCCGCCAUAUGAACCCCACAUUCACCCCUGAACAAACCCCAAGCCCCAAACCUCGCCGUAGAACGGUAAGCCCCACCCCUUCCUCAUCGUCGGCCGACAUCGGGGUUUACAAGCAAACAUCCGCGGGAUUUGAAGCUUCCAAUCCCCGCCAAGAGAUCGGGGUUUAUAGCCAGAUUUCUACGGGCUUUGAGGCCUCCAGUCCCCGCCAACGUUCGUCGCCGUCCCCGUCCCGAGGAAGCUCCGUCUACCAUUUGCGCGAGAGCGCUAGCCAGGGGGAACUACCCGAUGACGUAUUAACCGAAGUUUUCGAAGAAGAAGAGGAAAUGAUGGACGAAUCAGAGUAUGGUGACGUCACACACGCCAAUUGUGACGUAAACAAAGAGUAUUAUCGCGUCGAAUAUUCGUUCAUUGCGCGAAAUAAACUUGAGCUUACAACGGAGGCUGGGGAGAUGUUGGGCUUGCUGGUUCCGCACGAUUUGGAAAACAACAACGAAUGGUGGCUAAUGUCAUCCGCUAGUGGGCAGCAGGGAUACGUCCCCGCUAAUUAUUUGACGAAAGCUGAAUAUUUGUGAAACCGAUGUCGUAUCCGUUUUAACACCUCGUGUGUCAUUCAUUUUAUUUUUAUUGUUUUUAAACAAUGAUUGUUUGUUUGUGCACUUAGCAAUCUAUUAUCAGCAUUGUGACGUAACUAGGUGCUUUAUGACGUGGACAAUGAUCAGUAUUACGUCACAAUUAUGAAUUCAUCGGAAACAAAGGUAUCAUUGUUUAAAUCAUAAUCAACAUAUUAUUACAUAUGCUGCAUAUUUUACCUUCUUAUUUCGUAAUAAUACAUACUAUGACGUCAUA